AUGAAGAAGCGAAGUUUUAGCUGUCUCUUCUUCUUCUUCUUCUUCUUCUUCUUACAAUGCGGAGCUUCUGGCACAGUGCGGCAAGGAUAUGUGCUGAACAACGGAGCAGGGAGGUCUUCUUCUUCUUCUUCAUCGUCAUGGGCGAGCAGUCUCCUUUCGGUAUCCGACCAGGAGUCGAAGGUCUAUGACAAUAGUGGGCUAAAGGAGGCCGACAAGGUCGUUCGGCUGCCCGGCCAGCCAAAUGGCGUGCAUUUCGAUCAGUACGCAGGGUAUGUCACUGUCGACAGAGCCCACGACCGGGCUCUGUUUUACUACUUGGUUGAGGCAGCCGAGUGCAGCGGGUCAAAGCCUCUUGUGCACUGGUUCAAUGGAGGGUCGGGAUGUUCGUCAUUGGGGCACGACGCCAUGCAGGAGCUCUGGCCGUUUCGAGUCAUGAGCUACGACAAGACUCUGUAUAGGAAUCCCAAUGCUUGGAACGUAGUGGCGAACGUCUUGUUCCUGGAGAGCCCCGCCGACAUCGACUUCGCCUACUCUAACACCACGUCGGACUACGCCACGAGCGGCGACUGUAGGACGAUGAUUGACGCUAUGGUUUUCCUCAUCAACUGGUUCGAGCAGUUCCCGGAGUAUAAGGGGAAGGACUUGUUCAUCACUGGCGAGAUCUACACCGGGCACUACGUCCCCCAGCUUAUCGGGAACGCGGUGAUAGACGAGGAGACGAAUAACAAGGGGUUUCUCGACUACUAUUGGACGCACGCGUUCUUAGCCAACGAGACCAUCGUUGCGAUCCACAAGUUCUGCAAUUUAUCACCGGGCGCACAACUGCAACCUCCUGAGUGCAACCGGGCUGUCGCUGAGUCAAACCACGUCUUCACGGAAGUGAACGUCUACAACAUAUACAAACCGCUGUGCUUCUCGUCGGGCGUGACGCCAACUCCAAAGUUGCCCUCGUUACUCAAUGUAAUUAAAUUGCACAAAUGGAGAAGGGUGGCUUAUGAUCACGGCCAUUCUACAUUCGAUGGUGCCUUUGAUGGAAGAGUUCCUGUUACUUCCACAAGAUACUCUCUCAACAAGCUAAAGCUUAAAGUGAAGAUUCCAUGGAGAGCUUGGAUGCUUAACAGUGAGGUUGGAGGAUGCAUUGUGGUUUAUGAUCACAAUUUGACAUUUGCAAUUGUUCAGGGUGCAGGGCAUAAUGUUCCAAGCUAUCAGCCAGCUCGAGCUUUGGAGAUGAUCACGAGGUUCCUUAAGGGCUGCGUCUCCUUGUUGUUUUAA